UAAAAAAAAAAUAAAGGAAAAAGGAAAAGGAUUGAGAGAAAGAAGAAUGAAUGACGGUAGAGGAGAAUAGAAAAGACCGCCAGGGUAAAGCAGCCCCCGGUCGGCGGGAAGGAACAGCUCUGGCAUGUGGGGAUCUCCGGCACCAACAGAUAUUUUGAUGGCAUGACAAAUCAGAAAGAAGAGGAUGUACUGUAUGACUAGACACAAGAUCAGUUCUGUUUGUGGAUUACAUUUUCAGUAAGAUGUAUGGAUCUAUUUUUUCCUUGUUCUUAAAUAUAGAUCAUGAGACUUGACUGAGGCAAUAUACAUAUCAUCCAUCCAUCUAUGGCGAACUACAGCCAUGCAGCUGACAACAUUUUACAAAAUCUCUCUCCUUUAACAGCUUUUCUGAAACUGACUUCACUGGGUUUCAUAAUAGGAGUCAGUGUGGUGGGUAACCUUCUGAUCUCCAUUUUGCUAGUCAAAGAUAAGACCUUGCAUAGAGCUCCUUACUACUUCCUGUUGGAUCUUUGCUGCUCAGAUAUCCUCAGAUCUGCAAUUUGUUUCCCAUUUGUUUUCACCUCAGUAAAAAAUGGCUCUACUUGGACGUACGGGACUCUUACUUGCAAAGUGAUUGCCUUUUUGGGGGUUUUGUCCUGCUUUCACACUGCUUUCAUGUUAUUCUGCAUAAGCGUCACAAGAUACUUAGCUAUUGCCCACCACCGUUUUUAUACGAAAAGACUGACCUUCUGGACUUGUUUGGCUGUUAUCUGUAUGGUGUGGACUCUCUCUGUAGCCAUGGCUUUCCCCCCAGUUUUAGAUGUGGGCACCUACUCAUUCAUUAGGGAGGAAGACCAAUGCACUUUCCAGCAUCGUUCCUUCAGGGCUAAUGAUUCCUUGGGAUUUAUGCUUCUUCUUGCCCUUAUCCUCCUAGCCACACAGCUUGUCUACCUCAAGCUGAUAUUUUUUGUUCACGAUCGCAGGAAAAUGAAGCCAGUCCAGUUUGUUGCAGCAGUGAGCCAGAACUGGACUUUUCAUGGUCCUGGAGCGAGUGGUCAAGCAGCUGCUAAUUGGCUGGCUGGAUUCGGAAGGGGUCCCACACCUCCAACCUUGUUGGGAAUCAGGCAAAACGCGAACACCACAGGCAGGAGGAGGCUACUGGUUUUAGAUGAAUUCAAAAUGGAGAAGAGAAUCAGCAGAAUGUUCUACAUCAUGACAUUCCUCUUUCUGACCUUGUGGGGUCCCUAUUUGGUAGCCUGUUACUGGAGAGUUUUUGCAAGAGGGCCUGUAGUACCUGGGGGAUUUCUAACGGCCGCUGUCUGGAUGAGUUUUGCCCAAGCUGGAAUCAAUCCUUUUGUCUGCAUUUUCUCCAACAGGGAGCUGAGGCGCUGUUUCAGCACAACCCUUCUUUACUGCAGAAAAUCCAGGUUACCAAGGGAACCUUACUGUGUUAUAUGAGGGAGCAUCUGUAAAUCUUUAGCCUUGUGAAACACUACCAUUCUCUGCUAAGCAAUUGUGGCUUGUAGCCAUGUCUUGAGGAGAAAAUCAAGAACGGGAUGUCAGCAGCUGUAAGGAUUUGGGCUACAUUCUGCAGUCUUUGCAAUAGCUCACCUCUAAUCCUGUUUUAAACCUAAACAUGUUCCUGCUGACCACUGCUGAAGGUUUGUAAUUAAGAACAAAGGACUGAACUACUGCCCUGAAUUCCUUUAUGUGGUUGAAAUCUAGAUUAUGAAAGUAGCAGGUGCUAAGUAUCAGUGCUAAAUGCUGUGUAUAUCACUACAUAAAAUAAGAACAUCAAAAAGAUUAGCAUUGGACAUCUUAAUAAAUUAAGUUGAUAUGAGGUUAAUGUGUUGAUAAAACUAAUUUUAGACAUCUGAAGACCUUUAAAACAUUUCAUACAAUUAUUAUUUUGCAAAGACUGAAAACUGGGGACUCAAGUACUGUAACUGAUUAAAGAUGUGCCAUGCAUUAUUGGAUUAUCACACUUACAAAUCUGUUUGCCUUGUGAGUAAGUUUUGGGGAGCAUUCCAAAGCAGUAUUUUUGUUCAGAUUUCGACUUGAAUUUUUUUUUCUCCAAAUAUAUUACUCUUUCUAAUUACCAUUUUCCUUAACAGUGAAAUUACUAACAUUUAACUGUAUUCUGUGUUUUUUGCUGAUUUGGUAUAAAGUUUAAUAGACUCUUAUUUAUAUUUUUUAAAAAGCUAGAUAUCAGUCUGUUAGGCAACGUUAAUGAUAAUAUCCAGUCAUAAUUGAACAGUUAUAAUUAUACAGAAUAAACACAUGUUGCCUUAAAGGGUUAUCUAGUAUCUUCCAUUUUGUUUAGCAAUGAAGCAAAUAAGCAAGGAAAAUUGAAUCAAUAACUCUGGUCAGUCAUUUGGGAGUGCAUGAAAGAUCACUUAGUCCUCUUUUUUCCUUUUUACUCCAAUGGUUCCCAAAAUCAAUAUGCACAUCACUGGCAUUAUAUGAUUUUUUUCCAGGUGUGCCGCCCUUUCUGGUUUGUUCUGAGAAACACAGGCAGUUGAUGUAUGUUUAUAUUUUAAGACAGCUGUCAUGGGGAGACCGCAGCCUUAGUAUGAUAUCUUGCACAAUUUGUGAAGCAUUUAUUCUACUGAAGGCACAGUCUUGUUUAUAUUUUCUGCACAUUUUGGUGUAUUGGUUGUUUUAAAUUAUUUAAGUUUUAACUUGUGAAAGCAUAUAAUAUGAUUUCUUAGUAUUUUAGAAAUACAUUAGAGUCUGUGAGUCUUUCCUUCUUUAAGAUACAGAUGUGUGGAUUUCAAUAUAAAGUUGCAUUUGCCAAAAUUUACCUGUGUAGCUUGUUAAUUUUCUUGGAAUAAAAUUUUACAUUUUUCCAGUUAUACAAUUAACCUUUUUUAUUUUGUCUAGUGAGCUAGCAUGAAGUACUGAGAAUGUAGCCAUUAUGAAUUAUUAUCCUUUGCAGUCACUGUAUUCCCAAACUGUAAAUGCAUGAAUGAUGGGGACCACAGGAUUGAUAAAUGAUAUUAUCUGCAGUA